AUGAUUGAUAUCGGAAAUAAUAUCAAAACACUUUACGAGACUAAUACACCAAUGAAUAAAUUAAGUGAAAAAGAAGAAAAAAAUUUUCAAAGAAUUAAAAGAUGUGAAAAAUGUUCAAAACAUUUAAAAAAAAAUAAUUUAAUUAAAGUUCGAGAUCACUGUCAUUUUACUGGUAAAUAUAGACAAUGUCUUUGUCUCGAAUGUAACUUUCAAAUAACUAAUCCGUCAUUCAUUCCAAUUUUCUUUCAUAAUUUAUCGUAUGAUAGUCAUUUCAUAAUUCGGGAACUCGGUUGCGAUGAUCACAAUAUUCAAGUUAUUCCUAAUUCAUCAGAAAAAUAUAUAUCUUUUAGCAAGGAAAUCGCAUACAAAUUUAGUAUAAAAUUUGUUGAUACAUUCCGUUUUAUGAGUGAGUCAUUAAGUAAACUUGCAGAAAAUUUAUCUGAAGAUAAGUCGAGAUUUAGAGAAACUCUUAAAAUAUUUUCUACGAAAGCACUAGAUUUAGUUACACGAAAAGGAGUCUUCCCUUAUGAAUAUGUCGAUAGUUGGAGUAAACUAGAUGAUACUUUUUUACCAUCAAAGCUAGAAUUUUAUAACUCUUUAACAGACGAGGGAAUUAGUGAUGAAGAUUAUAAACAUGCUGAAAAUAUAUGGCAAACAUUUGAUAUAAAGACUUUGGGUGAAUAUAGCGAUCUUUAUUUAAAAACUGAUGUUGUCAUACUAGCUGACGUGUUCGAAAAUUUUAGAGACUUAUGUUUAUCUACUCUCGAACUAGAUCCUGCUCAUUAUAUGACUGCUCCCGGGUUUGCUUUUGACUGUAUGCUGAAGUAUACCAAGGUCAAAUUAUCAAGGCUAAUGGAUUAUAACAUGUUGCUCCUCUUCGAAAAGUCAAUUAGAGGCGGGAUUUGCCAAUCAACUAAAAGGUAUGUCAAAGCAAACAUACCAAAUAUCGAAGGAUUGGACUUUAAUUCGAAUGAACCGAUCACAUGGAUUACAUAUCUCGACUGUGUGAAUUUGUAUGGGAAGUCUAUGUUAACUGAAUUACCUUUUAAAGAUUUUGAAUGGGUUGACGAUCUCGACAUAGAUGUAACCAAAAUUGCUGAUGAUUCUAAAGUUGGAUAUAUAUUAGAAGUUGAUAUUGAGUAUCCUAAACAUCUUCAUAAAAAUCAUAACGAUUUUCCAUUUUUACCUUUUAAUGAAUGUCCACCAAAUUCGAAAGUUAAAAAAUUACUCACUACACUAUCAUCGAAAAAAAACUAUGUAGUUCAUUAUAAAAAUUUGAAACAGGUGAUCGCGAAUGGUAUUGUAGUAACGAAAAUUCAUAGAGCUAUCCGCUUUUCUCAAAGUAAAUGGAUGGCAUCAUACAUUAAAUUAUGUACAUCUAUGAGAGUACUAGCUAAAAACGAGUUUGAGAAGGAUUUCUGGAAGUUGUUAAUUAAUAGCGUUUUUGGUAAAUGUAUGGAGAAUGUUCGAGCAAGAACUUCUAUAAAACUGGUUUCUUCAGAAAAAAAAGCAAGGAAAUUAAUGGCAAAAACUAGUUUUAAAGACAGAACUAUAUAUUCUAAGAAUCUCAUGGCCAUUCAUCAGCAUAAAGAGACAAUUAAAUUCGAUAAGGCAAUUUAUGUAGGAUUUGCAAUUUUAGACGUUUCGAAAACAUUUAUAUAUGACUUCCAUUAUAAUGUUAUGAAGAAAAGGUAUGGUACUAAAAUUAGUUCUUUAUAUUCGGAUACUGAUUCUUUAAUAUAUGCUAUCCAAACAACAAAUUUUUUUGACGAUUUAAAAAAUAGUUUAUUACCAUAUUUUGACACAUCUAAUUAUCCUAAAGACCAUUGUUGUUUUAGUGAAAUUCAUAAGAACCAGCCAGGGUUUUUUAAGGACGAAAUGAAAUCAAUUAUAAUUAAAGAAUUCGUAUCAUUAAGACCUAAAUUAUAUGCCUAUAAAACUGUAGAUGGUACUGAAAAAAAAAAGGCAAAAGGUGUAAAGAAAUAUAUAAUUAAAAAUCACAUGCAAUUUAAUAAUUAUAUGGAUAUACUAAACGCCUUUAUAAACCAUAGAACUCUCAAGGAUGAACAAACUCAUAGAAAAAUGAAUUUUAUCCAAUCAAAUAAACAUGUUGUUCAUUCGAAAACAAUGAACAAACUUGUUCUAAGCGCAAACGAUGAUAAACGUUAUAUAAUGGAUGACGGGAUUAAUACUUUAGCUUAUGGUCACUAUAAACUUAAUGGUUUAUUAUAA